AUGCAGAACUUACGAUUGCUGUGCUUGAUCGGCUUGGUGGCGGGCAUUCAUUGCGGUCUGGUCCGACGCGACCUCGGCCAUAAAGGCGGAAGCAGCUAUGGCGCUCCGCCUGCGACAAGUUAUGGAGCCGUACCUCCAGCACCCACUUAUGGAGCUGCUCCAGUAUCCACUUACGUUGCAUCAAACUAUGGCGCUCCCGUCUAUUACGAGGAGGAUGACAAGCCGGAUCUGAAAGCCAAACUGGAGGAGUUCAAGAGCAAAAUCAUCGGUCAUCUCGGUUACAUGAAGGGCUCCAUUAUGGCGGCCAAGGGUAAAAUGAUGCUGAAGAAAGCUCAACACUACCAACAGAAGGGCGAGAAAUUGGUAGGAAUCGGUGAGUCUCUGAAAGCUCUGAAACCGGAGAAACAGGAGAAGCAUAAACACUACGAGCCGAGCUACCAUCCACCAGCUCCAAUCUACUCGCCACCAGCUCCAGUCUACUCGCCACCAGCUCCAGUCUACUCGCCACCAGCUUCCGGUUAUUCCGGUUAGGAAGCUAAAGUACGACGGUGAACGAGUUUGCGGUUCUUUUAUUUUUAUCUCUUCCAUGUACAGCUCAGAGCGUUUCUCCCGGUAGAGACGACGACUUUUCCCCCCCGUACCAAUAUGAGAGAGAGAGAGAGAGAGAAUGUCAUUCUGUAAAAGAUGAAUAUAUUUUGUUGUAGUAGUAGUGUGUAAUACUCCAUCCUAUUCCAAUCAUUGCUUCCCUUUUACUUAAAUUUUCUAAAUUUGUUACGGAUCCAAAUCAGCCAACAACAUCAUCACCAUCAUUUGCAGCCCAUCAAUUGGAAAGAAAGAAAGAAAAAAGAAGAAGAAGCCAAGAGUAUUAUUACAUUUUACCCGAUUGAUUUGUGUUUGUUGAGUGUGUUUCAUUGUGCCGGCUAAUCAUAGAUCUCGUUGUGACGCGAGCUUUUUGAUUUUGUCAUCACUUUCUCUUUUGUCUUUUUGGAAAACAUUUUCAUACCACCUGAUGAAUACAGAUAAAACAGAAAACAA